CUUGUUGUGAGUUGUGCUUGGAUUGGAUUAUUAACCAAGGGCAUCUCUUCCACCCUUCCUUUAUCGUCGAUCAUUGUAACUUUUUGUUUCCUUCCACACCAAUGGUUUGCCUGCAAAUUUAACCAUCGGUUUUGACAGAUUGUGCUAUGUUUUUUAUGGGUUUUUUUUUGUAUAUUUUUUUUUUGACAGUACCACUGCAAGCGCUGCUUGGGGUAUGCAAGUUGACGAAGACCAUAGGUGGAAUUGGAGUUGGGUGGCAGGGAUUUCUGUGGUUCUUAUCUGCCUGAUCUUCUUUGGCAAGUUUCUCGAUGAUUACUACCCUCCCAACGUGAACAUUUACGAGAGGGGGAGGAAGGGUUUAUGGGGGGAUAAGGAGAAACCAGUGAAUGCCGAUCCCUACGUCCCUCCACCGCCGCCUGAGAAUGUCAAUGUUGUUGAAGAUGUGGAGUCGCCAGGAAACCGCUCAAGUGCAGCUUCUUCUUCUAUUACUCUGCCAGGAUCCUCCUCCGUGCAGUCGUUUGAUGGUGAGCAUCAUCGGCCUAGCUCGGUGGCAUCAUCAGUGUGGGGGUUCCUGCACCGUGCAAUGGAUGCUUUUUCUACUCCAUCCGGAUACUCCCGCCUUUCUACUGUGGAUUCGCCUGAAAUUGAUCCCGAGAGCGGCCAUGAAGAGGAUAAUCGGUCUAGUUCGGUGGCAUCAUCAGUGUUGGGGGGCCUGAACCGUGCACUUGGUGUCUUUUCUACUCCGUCGGGAUACUCCCCUCUUUCUUCUUUAGAUUCGUUUGAUCGUGAACCUGCAAUUGGUUUCGAGGGCAUCCUUGAUCGAGUUAAUGUAGAUCACAAUCGGGGGGCUACUUCGGAGAUUGAGAUGAUGUUGAGGAACCAGCCAAGUGGAGCUUCUUCUUCUUCUUCUCCUCCUCCUCCUCCUCCAGUACACUGAUCCUCGUCCGUUGCUCCACCUCCUCCUCCUCCUCCUCCUCCGCCAGUACACAGAUCCUCUUCCGUUGCUCCACCUCCUCCUCCUCCGCCAGUACACAGAUUCUCGUCUGUUGCUCCACCUCCUCCUCCUCCUCCGCCAGUACACAGAUCCUCGUCCGUUGCUCCACCUCCUCCUCCUCCUCCAGUACACAGAUCCUCGUCCGUUGCUCCACCUCCUCCUCCUCCUCCAGUACACAGAUCCUCGUCCGUUGCUCCACCUCCUCCUCCUCCUCCUCCUCCUCCGCCAGUACACAGAUCCUCGUCCGUUUCUUCACUGCAGUGAGUUGUUUUAAAUACUUUCCCUCUCCCUUCAAAGUCUCAAUUUUCAUUGGUUUCCUAUUUAAUUGUCUGCUUCUUCUUCUUCUUCUUCUUCUAGGUUGGCUGCCGGCAUUUGGAGUGAUAUUGACUUAUCAUCGGAUCAAGACGUAAAGACCACUUUCGCAUCUAAUUCGAGUGGGCCUAAGUAGCCGCCGCAACAAAUGAGGUGGUGGACUUGGUUUUAAGAUUUCUCAGAGACAUUUGUAUUUGUUUUUCCCUCAACUUUUCCCUCACUCAUCAUUGGAUCAUGAUCGUCAAUUUCACUCCAAGGAUGUGUUCCUUUGUCAAAAGAUCAUAGUAUAUAGUAUAGAUAUGCAUUUGUGAGAACAACAUCGUGCAUGAAGUAGAAGGUUUCUGUCUUUUUACCGAGUUGAGGAUCAUUGGAUCUAUUCCAUUGACUAGAAGCUCGAGCUUCCAUGCUCCCAUGUUCCACAAGUCUUCCUCCCUCCUGCUUGUGAAAGGAAACGCAUUGCUUCCCCAAAUCCACAUCAUGUGGAUGGCAUUGGGCCUGACUACCUUGCCUUGGGGAUCAAAUACCACAAGGAUGGCUUGUUCCUGAAGUGCCACUGUUCCCUAACGAACUUAACCACCGCAUCAACAAAGGGUGGUGCACUGUGUACCAUGGCAUUGCGGAUUGCAGGCUGUCGAACUUUGUUUCAUUGCGUUUGUCCACUGGAUCGAAGCAUCCACUAGAGGGACCCACACCACCUCGUACUGGCUGUCUAGCCUUGUCGAAUGGAGCCUCGACUCAUUUUAGAACUGCUCGAGGAUCGAGAGCUUGUCGUGGGAGAUGUUGGGGUCUGAUAUCAGUAGGACAUUCUUCCUUCUCGGCACUUCAAUGCUGACCUGUGCUCUCAAACUCCAAAAUUAACGACCUGAAGUAUGUUUCAUUUAACUAAUGAAAUUGAAAGACCUGGUUAACUAACCCUUCUCUUGGUAGAUCCACAAGUGGUUGCAUCUCAUCCUCAUAGUAAAUCAGGGCUUUCAGCACCUUCAAGUUGUCAAUGUGGAUCAUCUCAAACAUAUCCACCAGCAUUGUGUACUCUUCAAGGCUUCUCUUCUCAUCUGCAACUCGCAAAAAACAUUGUUGAGUAUUACAUGAAUGGUUCUUGAUACUAACAUCUAAGCUGAACCUUGCACAAGAAGCAAUCAAAAGAACCUAUGUGUUGGUGACAUGUAGCUAAAUCCUUCCUAAUAUGCUCAUGCAUCAUGCAUGUUGUUGAGCUUGUGUUCCAAUGUGGAAAGGCUCCCAUGACUUUGUAGUCGUAAGUGCAUACUUAGGAAGCAAGCUUCAAAGUAGGGAUGGCAACAAAAUCCGAAGCCAUGGGUACCCACCCGAUCCAACCCGGUCAACGCGGGUAAAAUCCGUGUUGACGGGUUUUGGGCCGGGUUUGGGUUUAAACCCACUACACUAUUCACCGGGUCGGGUUGGGUUUGGGUUUAGGUAAACCCGCUCCAUGGGUACCCGCCCACACACAUAUAAUUACUUUCCCGAUAUAUUUAAUAUUCUAAAUAAUAUAUCUUUCUUAAAUAA